AUUAUUUUUAUUAUUAUAUUACACGUUACAAAAAGAAUUGCUUCUCUAUACGAAAGUUCAUUCAUAGAUUUGUCUUAUAUAUUUUGUGAAUUUAAAAUCACAGACCAUCAGCUGAUUUAUGUCAGAUUAGGCUAGGUUAUAUUAAGUUUAGGUUAGGAUGUUAAGCCAACAGAUGUCUUGUUUAUGUCACCUGUUGAUUCAAUACGGCUGCGAAUGUGUCAUAUUAUUUUUCGAAGUCGCCAUAUGUUACACACUCGGCUUUUACUUAUUAAUACUUUUCCUGCUUGUUUAGAUAACUGGAUAUCACAAAUGUAAACUGAUCGCGAUUGCAAAUAUAAAAAAUUAUCUAUGAGUUUUUAAGUAUAAACUUGCUUUGACAUAUAAAAUAUCAAUCUAUAAUGUAAUAUUAUCGAUGAUUCUAUGAUGAUUUCAUUCUGCUCUUAUCGACACAUAAUAUAUGAAUUGCAUGCCACAGUCUUGUGAAUAAAUUAACAAACUUUAUAAACGAUAUGGAGAAUAAAAAAUAAGACUCAAAGAAAUUUAAAAUGAUACAUACAAUGUCUGUAAAAAAUACGUGCAAUAUCUGAUCUUAAUGAGAUAAGUGAGUGCAAUGAAGGUCAAACAUAAUGACUGAAGGCACGAGUAUAGUAUAGAUUCUACUUCAUGUUAGAUUACCUGCCAUUAGUUCCGACAGAACUAGACGAUUUUUCAUUGAAAUAACACAAAAUGCGUUUACGAUUUUUAAAACAGAAAUCGGUAUUUCUGAUAGGUUUUGGGAUUGGCUUUGUUCUUCCAUUAUUAUUUGUUUCAUUAAGAAGUAUAUUUGUGAUUGAUUCUAUUGUUGAUCAAGAUCCAUCAUUGUGGCCUGAAUACUACCUGAAUAAAAAAUUUCGUCACAAAGAAAUUAUUUUACAGUUUUGGAAAGAGGUGAAUGAGACAACAGAUGUUAACAGUAUUACAUAUCACACUUGGUUAGCAACACAAAAGUUGAAAUUAUACCAAAUUGAUUUGGAUGAGUACUUGUAUGGUCGACAAGAAAAAGGUGUCAAAAGAAAGAAACUCACAGAAUGGAACUGGUUAAAAAAACAAGUGUCUAUCACAUGUGUGAUUUUCGUGGAAACGCUUAAGCUUGGAAAAUCAAUCAAGGCUACUUGGGGCAAACGCUGCAAUAAUGUAUAUUUCUUUGGACAUCGCUUAAAGAAUACAGAAUUGCCUAUUAUUGAUGUAAAUAUAAAAAUUGUGUCUUCUUGGCAACUGUUGUGCGAAGCUAUGAAUUAUAUUUGGAACCAUCAAGUAGACAAACUACAGUGGAUUAUAUUUGUGAAAGACAAUACUAUAAUUAUACCAGAAAAUUUGCGCUAUAUGGUUGCUUCACUGGAUUACACACACGACUAUUAUUUGGGUCAUUCAGUAAUUCUGUGGGGUCAGGCUUAUAAUGUUGCUCAAUCCGGAUAUGUUCUUAGCAGAGGAGCACUAAAUAAAGUAGUGCAAAUGUUCAAUAGUACGGAAAAAUGUAUUAAAGGAGGAAAGUAUUGGAAGAAGGAAGAUUAUUAUCUUGGAAAGCAUCUGUCGUCUUUAGGCAUACAUCCGUCUGAUACCAGAGAUCAGUACUUAAGAGGUACUUUCCAUGGUUACUCUUUACAAAAUCUUUUAUGGGGUGUAGUGAAACCAGACAGCUAUUUCACACGUGCUGUAUAUCCGAUAAAAGGAGAAUGCUGCUCGCCGAUAUCCGUGACUUUCAGCGUUAGUGAAUCCAAUAAAAUGCACAUGCUAAAUUAUUUGUUAUAUCAAUUGCAUGUAUUAAAUAGCGAAAGCCGAUUUGGUAAUGUUUCUGCUGAAGUUCGAGUACGUGAAGAAGAUGUUUGGAAAGUUGCACUACAAGAGGAAUUUAACAUCACGCAUUUGAGUGAUAUAUCCAGCGACGCUUAUUACGAAAUAUGGCAUUCGAGAUAUUCUGAACCUGGGCAAUUAAAAAUUGCUCAAAAUUAUCAGACACCGGUUCCGCUAAAUUGUUUGCUAACGAAUUACAAAGAGGAAAAUUCAUCAGCGCACAAUUGUAAGACUAAAAGUGUCGUCAACAGUACAAAAAACUGAAUGAGUUAUUUAUUGGAAUGCUAGUUUGUGAUAGUUAUCAAAAAAGUGUGUACACAAAAGUUCAAGAGAGUAUGAAUAUUUGUGAUAUUCUCUGUUUGUAUAUAUGAUUACAUAAAAUGAUACUGAUAUAAUGUAACUGUAGCAAAUAAGUAUGUUAAUAAAAAUAACAUUGAUAUACUCCAUUUUCAAUAUAUUACGCGAGCAAAAAAAAAGAAUGCCAAUAAAAAAAUCAAGCUGAAAGUUGCAUUUAACACUUCGUCCAUCAUAAUUAAUCGGCUUAUGUUCUAGGUAAUUUAU